CCUUUCGCUUCCGGGUUAGGCAGUUUUAAUCGGUAACAUGCUACAUCCAAUCUGACAAACUUUUAUAUCAGAACAGCUUGUUGGUGGAGCAGGUGAAUACGAUGCCCCUAAUAGUGAUGUGUGGGUUCCCCAGCAGUGGUAAAACUCGCAGGGCUAAUGAAAUAAAGGAUUAUUUUGAGAAGAACACAGAAAGAAAGGUCCACAUUGUAGGGGAUGGGACCAUGCGCAUUGAAAAGAAUACUGUUUAUGCAGAGUCACCAAGAGAGAAAAAUGUGAGAGGUUCUCUGAAAGCUGAAGUUGAGAGGAAGAUCAACAAGGAAGAUAUUGUCAUUUUGGAUUCGUUGAAUUACAUCAAAGGGUAUAGAUAUGAACUCUUCUGCCUCAUCAAACACACACAGACACCCCACUGUGUAGUAAGUAUGACCACGGUUUACUGUCUGACCUCAGUUGAAGUGAGCUCAGCAUGGAAUAGCAGCAGAGAGCCCAAGGAGCAGUACACCCAAGAGAUCCUGGAUGCUCUGGUGCUGCGGUUUGAAGCUCCCGACUCCAGGAACCGAUGGGACAGCCCUCUGUUCACCAUCCAGCAGGAGGACACGCUCCCCUUCGACGGCAUCUCCGACGCCGUCUUCAAGAGGAAAGCUCCCCCGCAGAACCAGUCCACCCUGAGUCAACCGCUGUCCUCUACUAACUUCUUAUACGAGUUGGACAAGGUGACACAGGAGGUGUUGAUGGCUAUUCUCAAUGCUCAGAAGACAAGCAUUCCUGGUGAUCUCAUCACUGUUCCUGGAACCACAGACAAGAUUGAAUACACCAGGAGCUUCAACAUGGCUGAACUGAGGAAACUGAGACGCCAGUUCAUCAGCUACACCAAGCUGCACCCCACAGAGAACAUAGGACACGUUUCAAACAUGUUUGUGCAAUAUUUGAAUAGAAGUCUUAAUUAAGCUACAUUUGUAUGUUAUAUGUUCAAUAAACUUGUAUUUAUUUUCAAUUUAUACCAUGGUCUGGGGGAAUACUCGAUUCUGAUCUGCUGCAGGGUGUGCAUUAACCCCUGAUAUAAGACACCUGCUUAGUAGUUCCAGUCAAAUUAUCUGUUCAGUUUUCAAAACGAGGGCUGGUUAAUGGUGAAAAAUGAAUUAAAGUGUAAUCAGAAAAUGUGGUUACAUGCUAUAUGACCCUAUAGUAUCUGUGAUAUAAAGGCUGGGACGAAUUUCAAAUUAUAAAUAGACCGUGGCUAUUCCCAUUGAAACAAAUUGCAUGGUGAUUCGGUCUUCAAAACGAGAGCUGGUAAAUUGUGAAAAAUGAAUUAAACUGUAAUCAGACAACGCGGUUAUAUGCUAUAGACCCUAGAGCAGGGGUCUCAAACUCAACUUACCUGGGGGUCCCUGGAGGUAGAGUCUGGGUGAGGCUGGGCCGCAUGAAGUAUUCCACAGAAAAAAGGAGCACAACUGACCCCAUCGAAGUUAAUGAUCGGGCUAUAAUUAGAUCACGUUGGCUAUGUAAACAUUUUAGCGGCCUUUGGCUUUUAUCCAGACUCAGGACACGCAACUCAAAAUUGGGACGGUCCUGGCAAAACCUGGACAUCUGGUCACCCUAUCACAAGUGAUUAAAAAAGCGUGGCAAGCCACUCUGUGCGUUUGAAAACAACGGUUUAUUACUACGGUAUACUACAUUAUAUACGACUACAGUUUACUACAUAAACUACAAUCUACUGAAGUAAAUUACAGAACUUUUAUUAUACUUUUAUUUUGCUAUAGAAUACUAUAAUUACGA